UCUGGAGCAUCUGGAGUGCCUGGUGUCCAGGCAUGAGCGGUCACUACGUAUGACCGUGGUCAAGCGGCAGGCCCAGUCCCCCUCAGGCGUGUCCAGUGAGGUGGAGGUCCUCAAAGCGCUCAAGUCCCUGUUCGAGCACCACAAAGCUCUAGACGAGAAGGUGAGGGAGAGACUGCGGGUGUCGCUAGAGAGGGUCUCUGCAUUGGAGGAGGAMCUAACAUCAGCCAACCAGGAGAUUGUGGCCUUACGAGAGCAGAAUGCCCACAUCCAGAGGAAGGUGGCGUCAGGGGACGGGUCAGAGGACAUACUGGAGGGCACUGAUGCCAGCCAGAAGGUACAUAGCAAGCGCCUGUCCAACGGCCCAUGGAGUCGGCCCAUGAGGCGGGCCAGGUGGUGGAGCUGCAGGACCUGCUGGAGAAGCAGAACUAUGAGCUGGCCUCCAGAUGAAGGAGCG